GAGCCCACAACAGUCCUAACCCGCCGACCUGCCCGCGAGCGACACUACAAGGAAGCGCGCAGCCCGCGGCCGAGCGCACCUGGGGAGCAACGUCUGAAGCUUUCACCGCGCCAUGUUUCAACCUGCCGAGCACCCCCAGGAGUGGGCCAUGGACGGCCCUCGGGACGGGCUCAAGAAGGAGCGGCUGCUGGACGACCGCCACGACAGCGGCCUGGACUCCAUGAAGGACGAGGAGUACGAGCAGAUGGUGAAGGAACUGCGCGAGAUCCGCCUGGAGCCGCAGGAGGCGCCGCGCGGAGCCGAGCCCUGGAAGCAGCAGCUUACGGAGGACGGAGACUCGUUCCUGCACUUGGCCAUCAUCCAUGAAGAGAAGGCACUGACGAUGGAAGUGAUCCGCCAAGUGAAGGGAGACCUAGCCUUCCUCAACUUUCAGAACAACCUGCAGCAGACUCCACUUCACUUGGCUGUGAUCACCAACCAGCCAGAAAUUGCUCAGGUUCUUCUGGGAGCUGGCUGUGAUCCUGAGCUCCGAGACUUUCGAGGAAAUACCCCCCUACACCUUGCCUGUGAGCAGGGCUGCCUGGCCAGUGUAGGAGUUCUGACACAGACCCGUCCAACCCAGCACCUCCACUCCAUCCUGCAGGCCACCAACUACAAUGGUCACACAUGUCUGCACUUGGCCUCUAUCCAUGGCUAUCUGGCCAUUGUGGAGCAUUUGGUGUCCCUGGGUGCUGACGUCAAUGCUCAGGAGCCCUGUAACGGCCGGACCGCCCUCCACCUUGCAGUGGACCUGCAGAAUCCUGACCUGGUGUCACUCUUACUGAAGUGUGGGGCUGAUGUCAACAGAGUUACCUACCAGGGCUACUCUCCAUACCAGCUCACCUGGGGCCGCCCAAGCACCCGGAUACAGCAACAGCUGGGCCAGCUGACCCCGGAAAACCUGCAGAGGCUGCCAGAGAGUGAAGAUGAGGAGAGCUAUGACACGGAGUCAGAGUUCACAGAGGAUGAGCUGCCCUAUGAUGACUGUGUGCUUGGAGGCCAGCGCCUGACGUUAUGAACAGAAAGUGUCUGAAGAAACAUGGACUUGUAUAUUUGUACAAAAAGAGAGUUUUAUUUUUCUAAAAAAAAAAAAGAAAAGAAAAAAAAUGUAAAGGGCAUACUGAUAGCCACACUGCAUACUGCCUGGCUCAAAACAUAUUCCUGUGACGGGUCAGCCCUCAUUUUGUAAUUUGUGUGAAUUCUGUGUGUGGGACAAGAAAGAUCAUUGGAAUCCAAAGGAAGCCUCACCUUUGUAGGGAUUUUUUGGAGAGGGUUAUCCAAAACUUGAUAAAAGGACCACAUUUUAUUUAUUGUAUUUUUGACUGAACCACCAUGGAUUUCGUGGCUGACCCCAGUUGUAUUCUGUGACGUGUAACAGCCAGGUGUGUUGUUAAACUUUGGGCAGUGUGGGAUUGAAACCUUGAACUGCUGCUUGUCAAGGUUCGUGUUGCCCUCCCUCCUGUAAAUGAUGUACAUAGUGUAUUUUGUUGGUAAUUAUUUUGGUACUUAUAAGAUGUAUAUUUAUUAAACAGAUUUUUACAGAGUU